UCCAUAAAGAUAAAGAUGAAUUCGAAAAUGAUGUCAACCAGCAUAAGCACUCAUAUUCCAGCUCCAGCCCUUUCAAAAUUCAAGCAAUCUCCCAAAACACAAAAAAUGUCAUUGAGAGUCCCAAGGCCGAGGGCCCAAAUCUCAGGCGUGUAUGCUCCCCCCGCCCAAACAAAGGAGACACUGUACGAACUGCUGGGAAUUGCAGAGGACGUGAAGAGCUUGUCCGACAUUAAAAAAGCGUACAAACAGAUGGCCAGAAAGUACCAUCCCGACGUUUCUCCACCGGACCAACUGGACGAAUACACCAGGAGGUUUAUUAUGGUACAUGAGGCCUACGAAACGCUCUCUGAUCCCCAAACCAGAGCUCGCUAUGACAGAGACUUGGCUUUCGGUGCUGCCUUUUCUUUCUCUCCCCAGGGAAUGGAGGAAAAAGAGGAGUGGAGGAGCAGCUGGGGGUCACAAUUGGACCAACUGCAGCGACGCAAUUGUAGGGAGAGAUCGUCGUGGGGGGCUCGAAUGCGAAACUCUACUAAUUCAUUUAUGUAGAUUAAAAUAAUUGUACAUGAAUCUAACUACUAACUCUUACUCCUAUUAAGUAUAGUAUGAAUGUAUAUGUGCAAGUUGCAACGUCGCGAAUUAUAUGAGCUGUUUUUUUGUUGCUUUUUGGAAA